UAUAAUGUGGGGUGGGGAGAUGAUACACAUGUUGAACAAUGCAAUGCUUUGAGAAGCUAUAUAAACCAACAAAACACAUAGCAAUCUAAACAUCUUCAUCUCAAAACAUAAAACAAUAUUUUGAUAUUUAUUUGAAACACUUUCUGUUUAUCAAAUACUUUCAAUAUGAAUUCUUCCGAAAAGAUGAGCUACAAUGCUGGAGUUGCCAAGGGACAAGUUCAGGAAAAGACCAACAACAUGAUAGACAGGGCUAGUGAUGCUGCUCAGUCUGCUAAAGAAUCAGUGCAAGAGACUGGUCAGCAGAUUAAGGCCAAGGCAGAAGGAGCAUGUGAAGCAGUGAAGGAGAAAAUGAACAAUUGA